AUGUCCAACUACACAUACAUCAAUCUGGAAGCGGUCACAGUCAAUCCUGCCAGCCGAGUACUCACACUGAUCCAGUUGAUCUACGGAAUUCCCUCCAUGCUGCUCAUGAUCGUGUUUUUUUUUGCUCUCGGGUGCAUGAAGACCUACUCGAACUCUUUCUACCGACUCGUGCAGUUCGAUCUUACCGUGGUAAACAGUGAAUGACUGCAAUGUCAUUGAUGACUGAACACAUUCAGAACUUUUUCUGUCACUUGAACACUUGGCCUGCCAUCCGAAUGGAGUCUCAUCCGGAGUCUGUUAUUCUCCUGAAAUGGCUUGAUAACACAUUUCCCGGAAUUCUCACUAGUACCAAAAACGGUGUAACUCUCUUCUUCCACUUGCAGUUUUGCUCGGCCGCAGCGUUGAGCCUGCAUAGAAUAUCAGCACUAUUCUGCCCAAUCACUUACCAAAGUGUGAGUGUCCCUAAACUCUUUCGAAUUAGUUCUUGAACGUUUCCAUUUCAGAAGUGGCGUGUCGGAUACAUUCCCUUCUGUAUCGCCUGCAUCGUCUACAGCUACAUUCCGGGCCUGAACUAUUUCGGGAAGGCCACCAGAGUCUCUUUUAUAAACGGAACUCUGACCAAAGUGUUCGAUCGUGAAGAACUGGACAGCAGCCUCAAUCAGCUGGCUGUUUUCUCGCUCGUCUAUUUCGUUCUACUCAUCACUCUCGGAAUCACCACCUAUAUCGUUCUGCGAAAAGCGUUCAAAGGUACACAAAAAUGCACGAAUUACUGGUGAACACUUGACUUCAGGCUUCAAUCAGCCGGAUCAACGUGUUUCGAAGAAACUCACCAAAAUCUCGUUGACCUACUGCUUUCUGUACACGGGGAUUUUGGCGUGGAGCAACGUCGGCUCUCUGAACACUCACUUCCAAUUGUUCCCGGAUUUCUUCACCAAAUUCAGCACGGUUGCCUUGGUUUUUGCCUCUGAUCUGGUGAGCAAUCGUCACAACGGCGAUAUAUUUUAAUUUCGAUUUCAUCAGAUGACACUGGCUCUUCCGUACAUUCUUCUGGUGUUUGAUACCAACGUCAGGCGAAAGCUAUUCGCCAGGGAGAACACCGUCAACGACAAUGCCUCAAACACAUCAAACUCGAAAUCAUUAUUCACUCAACGCACUUAG